UAUUUGCAAGUGGAGAGUCGCGCGAGUCGGACGUGCAAUCGCCGCAUAGAAUUUAAGUGUGAUAAAAGUGAAGCGGAUGAAACAAAGUGCAUUUGGCUAAUGGAAGUGGUGGCAAAAGUCAAAGCCACACGAUAUACUCGUACUCGUAUUCAAAAACAAAUAGAUAAAUAAUGCAUAAACAAGUGGGUUUGCAGUAAUUAGCACAACGAUGCUGCUGGCGGCCAUCUGACCCACAUUGGGAAAUCGCUCUAAUUUAUAUUUGAUGUCAAGUGGUCAGUGAGCGUGGCAGGAUAACACGAUAACACGUAAACAGGAUAACAGCAUACUCCUGGCUCAUUUGAAUUUGCAUACCAUUGCGGGUAUAUGCAAAUAGUUCGAUCUGCAGGCGAUUGAGUGGCCAGCAAAGCGUGCACGUGCCGAAAGUGUUGAACUGUGCCAAAAACCAUAGCUACCAGCUAACGGGCAAAAAGCCACUGAAUAAAUGGCCCUUGUUCCUCUUGUUCGUGUAAUGCGUCUACGAGUUUAGAGCGUGUUCUGGCCCGAGAAUCAAUUAAAAUUUAUUGCACGAGCAUGCCAAACAAUUCGCGGUUGCAGCCACAAAAACGCAUCUGAAAAACAAUGCCACUCCAAUCAUUUGUGACCGCCCCCCGGCUAUGCAAAUUAGCCAUUGCAGCGAUUUUGUUAAUUUUCCACCUAAAUGCAAGUGCCGCUUAUACCCAUGAUGAUGCCAAUUCAGAGAGCGUUUUGAAGAUGCACUCGCAUUCGCACUCGCCAUUUGCAUUCAAUAGCAAAGCCGUUGCGCUGCUGCUCAAGUGUCCGCUGCACCAGUUGCAGCUGCAGAAGAUCGUCGGAUUCCGGCCACCGCUGGAGUAUCUGAGCGAGGGCAAUCGCAUCUACGGCCCGGAAAUGGUGGCCAACUUCAAGGAUCACAACCGCGACCAGGAGCUUCCGGUCAGCCAGGUGUGCUGGCGCAUCUGCAACGAGGAUCCCGACUGCAUUGCCUAUGUGCAUCUGCUGGACACGGACGAGUGCCAUGGCUACUCGUACUUCGAGCGAACUGCGCGUUAUCUGGCCAUUUCGGGUGAACUGCCUCUGGUGGCCGACGGCGAGGCCGUGUUCUACGAAAAGACCUGCCUCCGCGUUCCCGAUGCGUGCCGUGGGCGUCUCUGGGCACUGACCAAAAUCCCCGGCAGCACGCUGGUCUUCCACGGCAAGAAGACCAUUCCGACGCUGGUCACGCGGCGUGAGUGCGCCGAGCGCUGCUUCUUCGAAAGCCAAUUCAGAUGCCUCUCCGCCUCCUUUGCGCCCUCCUAUCGGAACAAUCGUGAGCGCUUCCGUGGCGAUGCGGGUCCUGGCCAGCGUCCGUCUCCCCGCCUCGGCAGGUGCAUGCUGAGCGACAGGGACAAGACCGUCCAGCCGGACGCCUUCCGCGCUGCUCCGUACGACGAGGAGUACAUGGAGAACCAGUGCCACGAGCGGGCCGUCGAAAGUGACAACUGUUCCUAUGAGCUGUACGCCAACAGCAGCUUCAUCUAUGCGGAGGCCAGGUAUUUGGGCCUCUCCCAGAAAGAGUGUCAGGCGCUGUGCUCCCACGAGGCGAAGUUCUACUGCCAGGGUGUCUCCUUCUACUAUGUGAACCAGCUCUCGCUGUCCGAGUGUCUCCUCCACUCGGAGGACAUUGUGUCCCUGGGUCCUCGAAGUCUGAAGCUCCGCGAAAACUCGGUCUACAUGAGGAGGGUGAAGUGCCUGGAUGUCCGUGUGUUUUGCACCCGGGAUGAAAUGUCCAUCAAGUACAAUCCCAAGGAUUGGUUCGCCGGCAAGAUCUAUGCCAGCAUGCACUCCAAGGACUGCCUGGCCAGGGGAUCCGGCAACGGGAGUGUCCUGCUGACGCUCCAGAUCGGCAGCGAGGUAAAGGAGAACCGAUGUGGCAUCCUGCGCGCCUAUGAAAUGACGCAGGAAUACCAAAGAACGUUCAUAUCUGCCCUGGUGGUCAUCCAAAACAAUCCCAAUGUGCAGACCCAGGGCGACCGGCUCAUCAAGGUGGGCUGUAUACAGAGCAAUGCCACCACAUCGCUGGGCGUUUCGGUGCGGGACAGCAGUGUGGAUGCCUCAGAGCCUGUGCCCAGUGCCAUUGCACUGGAGUCCUCCUUGGAGUACGCAGAACACAUGUUCCCACACGAGGGUGUGGUGCACUACAACAGCAGCACUGGACCCCAUCCGCAUCCCAGCAUCUCACUGCAGAUUGUGGAUCUGUCGCAACAGCACGAGACCAACGAUGUGCAGAUUGGACAGAACCUGGAACUCCAGAUUGUGGCCGAGUAUAGUGCGCAGCAGUUGGCAGAGCACAUGGAGUUGCAGCUGGCACCACUACCGGACUUUCGUGCCACCUCGCUGGUGGCCAAGACAGCGGACAAUGAGAACUACGUGCUGCUGAUCGAUGAGCGCGGCUGUCCCACGGAUGCCAGUGUGUUUCCCGCUUUGGAAAGGGUGCACACGGCCACCAGGAGCAUGCUGCGCGCUCGCUUCCAUGCCUUCAAGUUCUCGGGCACAGCCAACGUAAGCUUCGAUGUGAAGAUCCGCUUCUGCGUGGAGCGCUGCUCGCCCAGCAACUGUGUCAGUACAUCCUGGCAGCGGAGAAGACGGCAGGCUGAGCAUCCAGAUCGCAGACCGGAAGACCUACGAGUUCAGAACCCUGUGUACAUCUCCAAGGUAGUGGAUGUUGCUCCACAACAAGACAAGAGUAACUACACCCGAGCGCAGGAGGAACUACCCCUCAACUACAACAUUCGUGUGCACGGUCCGGACCAAAGUAACGCCAACAGUUAUCUGUACGGCGAGCGGGGAGUGCUACUCAUUGCUGGCAUAGACGACCCGCUGCACCUAGAUAACGUUUGCAUAAACCAGAGCCUGCUGAUUGCACUGUUCAUCUUUUGGCUCAUCUGUCAAGUUGCCCUGCUCUUUGGCUGCGGCAUGGUGCUGCAGCGCUACCGCCGGCUGGCCAAGCUCGAGGAUGAGCGCCGCAGGCUGCACGAAGAGUACCUGGAGGCGAGAAGAGUCCACUGGGCGGACCAAGGCGGAUACACACUCUAAUUGUCGGCUGGAACGCAAUGCGUACAAAAUGCAUAUUAAUUUAAUAAAACAUAAUUCUAUUCAAA